AUGCCGACUGACCAUAAUGAUGCGGCCAGAGAGACAGAACUGGUCAGUUGCCCCACAGCAAGAACGCUGCAGCUGGCAGAGCUUUCGGAAGAGAUGAUAAUGGAAAUCUUGCUGAGGCUUCCGGCAAGGACGCUUGUUUCCUUAAGGAGUGUGUGCAGGUCCUGGAGAAACUUAAUUUCCUCCCCUGACUUCACUCGCAACCACCUUCGUCGUUCAUGCUUACACGACCCAAGCCUGACUCCGCUACGAAUUGUUUGUUACAACAGUUGGCACUUCAGAUCCAGUGGUGUUAGAUACCACGGUAUUGGAGUUGUCUCCUUACAGUCAAUAAUGGACAAUCCUUCUGAAGCUACUAAAGUCGAUUACUUCAGGGGACAACGCAACUACAGAAUUGUUGGUUCCUGCCAUGGAUUGUUAUGCUUUUUUGAUGAUCAUGACUACCAGACCACGCAUGGCAUCUUGUGGAACCCCUGUACCGGAUUCACAUUCCAAUCACCCCAAAUCAGCGGUCAAACCUUCUCUUCUGGCUUUGGUUAUGAUCAUCUCAGUGACAGCUACAAGCUUUUUGGAAUUAUAAGGAAGAAAGGGCCAUCUGGUGUUGAAUAUAGUACCAGAAUUUAUACAUUUGGAUCAACUUCGUCGUGGAGAAGAAUUGAUGAUAGCCCAUUUGACCUACUUGGUAUCCCAACUAACCACUUUUGUUUUUUUUGA